AUGGCGGCUGUCUUCAGUCAGAGUAAACCCAGACACACGCAGUCUGAAGCGCUCCAGCUCAGCCCCACGGAACAAGCCUGGUGGAGGCUGGAGAAAUUCAUUGAGGCUCUGGGACCCUGUGGAGAUACACCCGCAGCCCACAUCACCUCAACACGGAGGAGAAACUCAUGA